GCUGAACUGAGUCUGCGCAGACAGCGGUAGGAAGCCGCUUCUCCUCUGGACCCUGUUCUUGUUGCUUCUCAGAGAAACCGACAGUUUCAUUAGCCGUAGUCGACUAAUUAUCAUUUUAUUUACAUUUUUUAUGUUUCCAAGUGCCUCUAAAACUCUUCAUUUCCCUCAUGGAUGUAACGAGACGAAACGACUCUCCAGCAGAGCAGGAAGGGCCGCCGCCCGCCACGACAAACUACGGCUCCACAGGGGGCAGCGGCGAGCACCAGCAUCCCAACAACCACCACGGCUGUAACCAUAGCAACCACAGCUUUCCCACGACGACGACCGGGGACUGGGUCACGGCGGACGAGGAGGAGGAGGCCCUCCGCAGGAAGCUGAAGUAUUUCUUCAUGAGCCCGUGUGAUAAAUAUCACGCCAAGGGCCGCAAGCCGUUCAAACUGAUCCUGCAGCUGCUGAAGAUCAUCAUCGUCACCGCUCAGUUGGUGCUGUUUGGCCUCAGUAACCAGGUGGUGGUCACCUUUAAGGAGGAGAACACCAUGACCUUCAAGCACCUGUUCCUCAAAGACUACGACGACGCCACAGGCGACUCCUUCGCCGUUUACACCCAGCAGGACGUCUACGACCACAUCUUCCAUGUAGUGGAGAAGUAUCUGACCUUACCGGAGACCACGGUCGGGCGCUACGCGUACGUCUACGACGUUGGCGUGAACGGCAGCGCCCUCUCCCUCUGCCAGCAGUACUACAAGAGGGGUCGGAUCGACCCGGCCAACGACACCUUCAGCAUCGACCCUCAGAUCAAAACAGAUUGCAUCGGCGUGAACCCUCUGGCCGUCCCGUCGCAGCGGCUCGGCAGCAGCUACAGGAACUUCACGCUCAAGUUCCACAAGCUGAUCAACGUGACCAUCGAGUUCCAGCUGAAGGCCAUCAACAUCCAGACCAUCAUCAACAACGAGAUUCCAGACUGCUACACCUUCUACAUCACGGUGGUUCUGGACAACAAGGCUCACAGCGGGAAGGUGAAGAUCUGGUUAGAAAACAAGGCAACGAUAAAGGAAUGCAAGGACCCGAGCGUCUCCGGACACGCGGAGAACUACACCCGGGUGGCGUUCGAUGUCGCCGUGGCCGUGGUGUGCCUGCUGUCUCUGCUGCUGUGUGGACGCUCCAUACUGCGAGGCAUCAUGCUGCAGCAGGAGUAUGUGCGCUACUUUAAGGAGAACCUGGACCGCCCGGUGUCCUGGACCGACCGCCUGGAGUUCAUUAACGGCUGGUUCAUCCUCCUCAUCAUCAGCGACAUCUUCACCGUCACCGGCAGCAUCAUCAAAAUCGGCAUCGAGUCGAAGAACAUGUCCUCGUAUGACCUCUGUGGCAUCCUCCUGGGGACCUCCACUCUGUUGGUGUGGGUGGGGGUCAUCCGCUACCUCACCUUCUUCCAGAAGUACAAUAUCCUCAUCAUCACUCUUCGAGCGGCGUUCCCCAACGUCAUCCGGUUCUGCUGCUGUGUAGCCGUCAUCUACCUGGGUUACUGCUUCUGUGGAUGGAUCGUGCUCGGACCGUACCAUGUCAAGUUCCGCUCUCUGUCCAUGGUGUCGGAGUGCCUGUUCUCCCUGAUCAACGGCGACGACAUGUUCGUGACCUUCUCCGAGAUGCAGGAGAGCAGCAACCUGGUGUGGCUGUUCAGCCAGGUGUACCUGUACACCUUCAUCUCCCUCUUCAUCUACAUGGUCCUGUCUCUGUUCAUCGCUCUCAUCACGGGAGCCUACGAGACCAUAAAGCAUCAAACCCAAGAGCCUCUCCACAUAACGGACCUCCACGCCUUCAUCGCAGAGUGCACCGACGCUCCGAGCUCCGGGAAGUUCAGAGGUCUGGAGACGUCGCCCUGCUCCUUCUUCUGCUGCUGUGACAGAACAACCACAUAUGAAGAUGUCCUGCUGGUGAACUGAGGUGACCUCAGAAAACAUCUAAGGGUGUCGGUUAGCUCCCCCUGCUGGCAAACGGGGCACACUGCAAUCAACCGGGUCAGCCAGAACCAAAGCGGGAGGAUUCGCCGUCGUCUGCCGGAUGAACUGUCCGAGUUGAGCUGCAGGCGUCUUCCUGGAGCUUUUCCUCUGGUGUUCCACUCCCAGAAGGAGAAAAAAUUUACAGUUUUUUUCUCUGAGCCGUCACCACAACUUCUGCACAAACAUUUCUCGUUUUUACUCUCGUUUUAAUCAGUAUUUGUUGUUGUUGUUGUUGUGUUUACUGUUACUCAACGAGGACUCGGCCGCAUGAACUGUCGGUGCAAAAACCGAAUGAGAGCGAGGGCCAAGAGAAGGACUGCUGUGGCAGCACAAACCUUUUUUUUUUUUAAAGUUCUUUUUAUUAGUAUUAUUUCAAAUGUUUGUGUUUCUCUUUCUUCUGAUUUUAACGUGACAGAUCAAAGCACAGGCAUUAAAAAUCACAAUAACGAAGGAGUUUUUUGAAACAGGAGGAGACCUCAGGGAGGCUUCGGGAGCAGACGGUAACCGACCUGACCUCAGAGGCGGGGCCUAUCUUAGAGCGUUUUUUUAAUGGACGGACGCUGUUCCCCUGUAAUGAUCCCUGCAGGAUGGUCCAGUCGCUCACGGAUGAGCCUCUCAGGAGGAUGAGGCUUCUUUAAUGAUGCAAACUUUUCCCAAAUAAUGAGCCGUUUGUUGCAGAGCCUUGAAAAAACUUUAUUCAUUUCCUGCAAACGAACAAACAGAACAAAAGUUUGGGUAGAAAUGAACGAACAAAGCAAACCGUAAUUAUUUAUAAUUGCUCUGCCGUCGUUCUUUUUAUGUUUUCAUAUUUUGUGAAGGAUGCCUUUCUUUAUAUUUUGUACCACACAAACGCACAAUAGUCGUUUUAAUUCAUGUCUCACUGAUUCCAGACGGUAUUUUUUAUUUUUUUUUUAAAGCUAAAUACAAUGAAGAGAAAUGUAGUUUUGAAUGUCAAAAGUGUCUUAAAACGGCCGUAAAAACAACAACGUGGUCAAUGACGAAACUAAAUAACUGCUGCAUCGUUUUGACAUCCGGCUGCGUUCCUCAUGCUGCACUUGAACUGUACUUUAGAGAACAACGAGAUGUUGUGUAGUCGACUGCUCAAAAAAAACAACACAACACAGUUUUUGUGAGUCUCCUUUGAUAUUAAAGCAUCCUUUUAUGGAACAAAC